AUGAAGCCUCAAGAUUACAAGCUUCAAAGUGCUUCGGGGAUUGAAGAAUUUAAGAACCUUCUUGUUGUCUUAUAUUCCUUUCUUGCCGCAAAUGCAUUCCCACUUACUUUAGCAUGUGUUGCCUUGUUGCUGGUAUAUAAUGAAGGAAACAACUUUCAUAAUGAGGUGGAAGAUGAAUUUGAUGUGUUGGAGGAGAUCAAACAGAAAUUGCGACUCAAAUCUGUAUUCAAUGGCUUCGAUGAAGACAAUAUACCUUCUUUGGUUUUUGACUGGAGUAUCCAAGGACAUGACUGUUCAACUGGUACCUAUGAAAGUGAAGAUUAUGCUACGAAAAAGAAUCUAAAGGGCUUGAAUCAGAUUAUCAGCGGAAAAAUGGGCAAGGUCAAUAAAAUGGUGGUACGAGUUGGAGUUUCUCCUUCAGAGACUAAGCAACAGAAGUGUCAUGGAAGCCAUAUCCAGUCAGGAGAGUUCGGUUAUGUUUCUAAUUUGAGAUGUGAGUCUAUUCAUUCAGUUUAUCCGGUUCUUGAGGAGGAAAGAGCUUUUGUAGUGGUUGAACAUCAAGAGUAUCUUUUGAAGUUUUGGCAAAAAGCUCUGAACCCCUUGACAUGGACAGAAAUAUUGCAUCAAGUGUUGGUUGCUGCUGGUUUUCGUUCAAAACAUGGUACAUUGCCUAGGGAACCUCCCAACAAGUUUGGGCUUUUCCACAAUGUUCUGCCUAUUGUCAUAUGGUUGCCAACUGUUCUGGUAUAUGAAAUAGGAAUGGAUGUUUUUGAUGUAAGGAGUUAUUUUGGAAAGAGAGACAAUGCCUUCAGAGUUCAGGAUAUGAUGCUACUAUAUCUUUACUAUUUCUGUUUCGUUACAUCUGCAAGUGUUUGUUGUGCUCUAUCUGGAUUUGCCUCUAUGCAUGAAUUCGACCUUAUGGCGAAGUAUGGCUUAAGCCCUGGUACGUUGAAGGGUGAAUUGUUCAGUAUUUUGUUACUGCAAGGAAAUAAUGGGUUGAAAGUUUCUGAGUUGGCAGUGUCUUUCUCGAUUGCCCAAUUGAAUCUUGCAUCUCAAACCCAUGAGUUGGAACUAUUAAUAAGCUCGACGCUUUCGAGUGAUGUUACGUUAUUUGAAAGGAUAUCAUCUUCUGCAUAUCGGCUUCGUAUUAAUUCUGUGACAAAAGAAUCUGAGAAUUUUCAAUCGGACUCCGAAGACUUUGGAAGUGUUGAUGAUGAUUCCAAGGACGGUGACGGAUGCAGCAAUGCUGGUGAUUCUGAUAAUGAUUCAGGGACUCUCGAUCCUAAUAAACUUGAGCAAAAGAACUGCCUUGAAAAUAGUAAUAACAUGUUGACAGUUUACAACGAAAUAGAUGAAAGCCAUCCGGGAGAAGCAUGGUUGUUGGGACUUAUGGAAAGUGAAUAUUCAGAUUUAAGCAUUGAAGAGAAGCUGGAAGCCUUGGUGGCUUUGCUUGAACUUCUUAGUGAUGGGGCCAGUAUCAGAAUGGAGGAGCCGAUACUGUCUGCUUCAGAAUGCGUCUCUAACAUCAAUCAUCAUGGUUCUGGAGCAAAAAUAAAGAGAUCAACAGCAAAGCAGCCCAUACAACUUGGAAGCUACUCCAGACAAAUCCUUGGUAAUUCAGAAGUAAAUACAAUGUCAGUGAUUCACCCUGUUGAUUCUUUAGCAUCUCUGUCAAACGACUGUGGGAAGAAGAAGAUCUCCAGCAAAAGAAAGGAUGGAAAAGAGAGAGAAGUUGAGGGCGAAUUACAUCCUAUGCAAUCUAUCUUUUUGGGUUCUGAUCGUAGGUACAAUAGAUACUGGCUUUUCUUGGGCCCUUGUAAUGCGAAUGAUCCCGGUCACAAGAGGAUCUAUUUUGAAUCUUCUGAAGAUGGUCACUGGGAGGUGAUAGAUACUGAAGAGGCUAUGUGCACCUUGUUGUCAGCUCUGGAUCGUAGGGGUGCAAGAGAGGCUUUCCUUCUAGCAUCUCUGGAGAAAAGAGAAGCGUCUCUUUGCCGAGCGAUGUCCAGUAUGCUGAAUGACACUGGAAUUAGGCUGUUGACACAAUCUGAUCAAUCUGAACUGAAUAUGUCUAGAGAAGACAGUUCAUCAGCCGUGUCAGAUGUUGAUAACAACCUAUUUGUGGUUGAGAUACAAAAUAAUAUUCCAGUUUCCUCUGCUGCCGUAGUUCCUGAACCUGCAAAGAAAGGAGAACAGCAAAAAGAAAAAUGGGUUCGUCUCCAAGCAUUUGAUGCGUGGCUGUGGAAUUCUUUUUAUUCUGAGCUUAACGCUGUUAAACAUAGCAGAGGGUCAUAUCUUGAAUCACUUGCUAGAUGUCAGCGUUGUCAUGAUCUAUAUUGGAGAGAUGAGAAGCACUGUAAGAUUUGCCACACCACAUUUGAGCUUGAUUUUAAUUUAGAAGAAAUAUAUGCCAUUCAUAUUGCUACAUGUCAAGAGAGUACAGACACUGAUAAGUUUCCGAAGCAUAAAGUCCUAUCAUCACAGUUGCAAUCGCUCAAAGCUGCAGUUUAUGCAAUUGAGUCAAUUAUGCCUGAAGAUGCCUUGGUGGGUGCUUGGAGAAAGUACGCUCAUAAUCUGUGGGUAAAACGAUUAAGACGGACCUCAACUUUGGUGGAGUUUUUACGGGUUCUUGCUGAUUUUGUCAAUGCCAUCAAUGAGGACUGGUUAUAUGAAUGCAACAUUGCUCUGGGUAAUAAUUCUGUCUUGGAAGAAAUCAUUGCAAAUUUUCCAACCAUGCCACAGACGUCAUCUACUGUUGCACUCUGGUUGGUAAAAUUGGAUGCGUUGAUUGCUCCCCACUUGGAAAGGGUUGAAUCUCAAAAGAAACAGGAACUGGCUUCCAGAUUUAAAGGUGUGUUUAUUUUUACCAAUCUCAUUACAAUUCCUGGGGUGUUGUUAUCUGCAUCCUAUCAGUCUUUAAAUUCUCGAUGA